AUGAUAAUGUUUGAUACUUGCAAGGAGCCAGACCUGUGCAUUGUCUAUGGGGAACCCAUCAGGCAAAAGCCCAUCAUCCACAAGAGAACGGGGGGUCAGCAGGAAGCCCACCCAGUUGAUGAGGAGGAUGAACCCCUUUUUCAUGGAGGAAGUUCCAGAGCCUCCUGGAAAAUCACAGUACAGACAAUUCCUGGUGCUGCUAAGGAGAAGGAUGUGUGCAUUGUGGGUGAGGAGAACAUCUGGCACUACCCCAACACCUGCGAGAGAAAUAUGUGUUUGCAGAAAAUGAGCUCAGGGGAGGGUCCAGUUUACAGCAAAGGAAUCUCCAGUGUCCCAAGUAAAACUCCAGCCCAGGCUGUUGUUGAUGCCACAGCCAGGAUGAUGAUGCUUGAUACUUGCAAGGAGCCAGACCUGUGCAUUGUCUAUGGCGAACCCAUCAGGCCAAAGCCCAUCAUCCAUAAGAGAACUGAGGGUCAGCAGGAAGCCCACCCAGUCGAGGAGGAGGAGGAGGAUGUACCCCUUCUUCAUGAAAGAAGUUGUAGAUCUCCCUGGGAAAUCACAGUGCAGACAAUUCCUGGUGCUGCUAAGGAGAAGGAUGUGUGCAUUGUGGGUGAGGAAAACAUCUGGCAGAACCCCAACAACUGUAUAAGAAAGGCGUGUUUGCAGGAAACCCACUCAGUGGAGAGUCCCGUUCACAGCAAACUAGACUCCAGAGUCCCCAGCGAACCUCCAGCCCAGACUGUUGUUGAUGCUGCUAAGGGACAAGACAUCUGCAUUGUGUCUGAGCAACGUGUCCUACAAAAGCCCAUCAUCCAUAUCAGAAUUGGGUAUGCUAAGGAAACACACCCAGGGAAGGAUGUAGUUAAGCCUGUUGCAGGCGGAGAAGAAUGGAAAGGCCCCAAUCAAUCUACUUUCCAAGCCGUUCUUAAUGCUACCAAGGAACAAGACUCCUGCGUUGGGUACGAGGAAAUGGUUAGUCAGAAGCCCAUUUUUCAAGGAAGGGCCCCCAGUGAAGCCACAGCUCAGAGAGGUAUGGAUACUGGUAAGUAAUGGGACUCCCAGGUAAUGCAUAUUGGGGAGGGAAGUCCCAGGCAGAAUUCCUUCUGAGCUCCAGGCCUUAAUGACAAGAACAGAAGGCUAGUUUGAGGUCAUCCCAUGCUACACCAACUUAGAGUACACCCACUAAAAGUAAUGGACUGUCAUAGAACCCACUCUAUGUAGGUUCUUUUUGCUGGGGAAACAAUACUGCUCUUGAGGUGUGUGUGUGUGUGUGUGUGUGUGUGUGUGUGUGUGGCUUGUGCAGAAAUUUUAAAAAAGAAAUUAUAUACAGUGGUACCUCAGGUUAAGUACUUAAUUCGUUCCGGAGGUCCGUUCUUAACCUCAAACUGUUCUUAACCUGAAGCACCACUUUAGCUAAUGGGGCCUCCUGCUGCUGCUGCACCGCCGCACCACAUUUUCUGUUCUCAUACUGAAGCAAAGUUCUUAACCCAAGGUACUAUUUCUGGGUUAGCGGAGUCUGUAAUCUGAAGUGUAUGCAACACGAGGUACCACUGUAUUACAUCUCUGAUACCAAUUUAACUUUGAGCUCCAACAAUUCAGUUUGAAAUCUAGAUUUUUUAUUUUCAAAAUCUAAAUUUCUUUUAUCUCCAUUAAAUAUAUCAUUUACUUGAUGAUUUUGCAACCAACCCAUAAGUACUUCUUCUAUUUGAUUAUAUGAUUGAAGUUUUAAUCCUUUAUUGGUUUCCAUCCAUAUCUCACCGUAGGUGGCCCACCUUACCUCCAUAUUUAAUUUUUUAACACUCAAUGCCCCUAUUGGCGAUAGCCACCAUGGUGUUUUCCAUUCUAACAGAUUUUUAUAUUUGUCCCAAACUUCAUAAAUUGACUUUCUUAUCGCGUGAUUUAGAAACCCUUUAUAAACUUUUACUUUGUCAUACCAAAGGUAAGAAUGCCACCCAGAUCUGUUAUCAUAACCUUCCAAGUAUAAAUCCGUAUUUCCAAUGUUAUCCACUCUUUCAACCAACACAGGCAGGACGCCUCGUAAUAGAGUUUCAAAUCUGGCAUUGAGAAUCCACCUCUUUCUUUUUUUAUCUAUUAAAAGUUUAGAUUUUAUCCUUGGUUUUUUCCUUUGCCAGAUGAACCUCAGUAGUACUUUUUGUCAUUCCAUAAAUUGCCCUGGUCCUUUAUUUACCAGUAUCAUUUGGAAUAAAAACAAGAUCUUGAGUUUUAUAUAUAUGUAAGGCUGCUGGGAAAGCGUUCUGGGCUAUCUGCAGGCCCCCCCCCCCCCGAUCUCUGAGUGUCCUCUGGAGAGCAUAGCUCUGGAAAGGCAUUCCCUUCUUCUCCAGGGCGCUCCAGCGACAUAAACCAACUUGAUUUAUGCACGCUAAUCUUCUGGCAAUGCACAGCAAGAAGAAUGAACCAUCUGUAGAUCUAAACUAUGUAUUUAUUUACACUAUAUUACACAGACACAGAAUCAUGACGCUCUCUCUCAUUCAGCACCGAAAGAGAACAGAGUACAUCACAUAAUACAUAUAGAUAGGACUAUAUCCAGUUCUCAUGCUUCCUUUCCGACAGACCGUGUGAUUUCCACUAAUUACAAAAUGCAGCCUCAGAAGAGUGAAAUUGCUAACAAAGGCUUGUGCAGAAAUUUCUCAAUUUAACUAUGUACUUUUUGAUGUUUCAUUUGUUGCUCAUAGUAUUUUGCUGUAUUUUCUACUCCAAAGAACUAGAAAAGUUUCUGUCAGGAGAUGGUGUGGUUGCUCAAGAGCAAGCAGGCAAGACUCCAACCUGUCUUUUCCAGGCUUUAUUAUCUGUACAACCUAUCUUACAGUGAAGAGCGUCACAAGUCCAUGUCUGCUCAGUCGCUAGCAGAAUCUGGGAGUGGGCGGUCCUUAUACCUUACCCAGCAUAACAGUCGUGUGACCCCCAUCCUUCUCCUCUCUCUCUGUGCGCAAACCUACUGCACAACGUGGACACUGGCAAAGGGGUACUUGCCCCCCAUCCCCUUUGCUCAGGCUCGGUGUUGAGGCUCUCCCUAGCAUCUUCUGAUCCCUGCACCCCUUCCCUCCUCGCAGAGGAAGAACCGCUUCGCAAGAUCUUCGGGGGCUCCCUGUAAUAUAACUGCUCUUUCACUACUCACCUCUGAGCUGAUGGCAGUUCCCUGACAGUUUCAGUGCAUCAGGAAUCAGAAAUCUUGCUCUAACCAGGAGGAACAACAUAGCUAUGCUCCCUAAAGCCAAUCUAAGCUUGCAACUGGACACUGAUGAAACUUUGGCUCUGUCAUAGAACCCACUCUAUUUAGGUUCUGCUUGCUGGGGAAACAGCAGGACUGUUUGCUGGGGAAGCUGUACUGUUCUUGAGUUGUAUACAGUGUGUGUGUGUGUGUGUGUGUGUGUGUGUGUGUGUGUACACACACACACACACACACCAACCAUAUUUUUUGCUCUAUAAGACGCAUCAGACCAUAAGACGCACCUAGUUUUUGGAAGAGGAAAAAAGGGGGGGGAAUCUGAAUCCCAGAAGCCAGGACAGCAAGCGGUAUCACUGUGCAGCCCUGGCUUAUGGGGUAGCCACUCACAGCCUCUGCCCGAGAGAGGCUGUGCGCGGCUAAGCAAGAAGCCAAGACAGCCAGCGGGAUCGCAGCGCUUUUCCUCCUCGGGAAAAGCCCCCAAGAGCCACACACACACUCCACACGGCUCUUUAAGGGGAGCGCUGAGCAGAGCCUCCCACCUGCAUUCGCUCCAUAAGACGCACACACACUUCCCCUUACUUUUUAGGAGGGUAAAAGGGUGUCUUAUUGAGCGAAAAAUACAGUAAGCCUUGUAGACAAAUUUUUCAAUUUAGCUGGGUACUUUUUGAUUUUUUGUUAUUUGUUCACAACUACUUUCCCUAUGUUCGUAGUCUGCUACUUUGGCUGUAUUGUCUGCUCUUGAGCACUAGAAAAGUUUCAAAGUACCAAGAAUUAGAAAUCUUGAUCUAACCUCAUGAUGGACAAAAAAUAUAGCUAUGCUUCCUAAAGGCAAUGUAAGCUUCCACCUGCAGACUGAGAAAAUAUUCGCUCUAAAGAUUAGGAACUUGCUGGUGAAUCUGAUGCAAUGGCAAAACCAGACUCAGGAUAUUGAGCAGAGUGGAAAGAAAGGUCACCCAUGAUGGCAACUCAUUGCCCGCUUUGGCAGCAAUGGCCCCAAAAGUGUAACAAAAUAUGAAAUAUAUUAGAUUGAAUCACUCUGUUUCCAUCUCUCUAUAACAUCCAUGUUUUCCUUCUCUCUUAUCCAGCAGGUGUUGUGCAAUGGAGAGAGAACAGAAGGAAAUCUUCAAAAAAAGCACAGGAUGAGAUGGUGGAGCAGAACCUCCUGAGUCACAAAGGACCAAGGAGGGAAAAGAGAAGCCACAGAAAACGGAAGACAGACAAAUCCAUCGUUCCUCAAAGUAGCUUCUUCACUGAGCAAGGAGAACAACCAGAAAACAGAGAUGCUUUGAGAACAUCCACAAAGGAGAAAACAAUUCAAAGGGCAGAGUCUGGAGAAAUAAGCAGUGGGAGCAGAAACAAUGGAAACAGCCCCACAUGCCCUACAGAGGUGAAGCGAUUUACUUGUUUGGAGUGUGGAAGGAGCUUCAGGUAUCAGAAGCAGUUUGCUGCCCAUCAGAAGAUUCACACAGGACAGAAAUCACAUAAAUGUGCAGACUGUGGAAAGAGCUUCCGCAAGAAAUGGAACCUUAAAGUACAUAAAAUAACCCACACAGGGGAGAAGCCUUUCAAAUGUACAGUGUGCAAGAAAAGCUUUAAUGUGAGAUCAAACCUUAAUGCACAUCAAAGAACUCACACAAGGGUGAAGCCCUACAAAUGUUCUGUGUGUGGGAAACGUUUCGCACGCAGCUCAUACCUUAAUGCACAUCAAAGAACUCACACAAGGAAGAAGCCCUACAAAUGUUCUGUGUGUGGGAAACGUUUCGCACACAGCUCAUACCUUACAGUACAUAAGAGAACUCACACAGGGGAGAAACCUUUCAAAUGUUCAAAGUGUGAGAAAAGUUUCAAUUACAGCUCAAACCUUACUAAACAUAAAAGAACUCACACAGGGGAGAAACCUUUCAAAUGUUCAGUCUGUAAUAAAUGUUUUGCUCAGACGUCAAACCUUACUAGUCAUCAGAGCAUUCACAAAGGGCAGAAACCCCAUGAAUGCUCAAUAUGUGGAAAGAGCUUCACCCGUAAAUCAAACCUCAAGAGGCAUCAAAAGUACCACACAAGGGAGACGCCCAACCAGGGUUCAAAUCUCAGUCAGAGUUUAGAUGAUGAAUCGAGACCUCAUGAAGGUGAGAACGCACAGCGGAUUUAA